AUGGCGCCGAGGGGUUGCAGGUCAUCGAUUAUCCGAUUAAUUGCCGGGGAAGGGGAGAGGACGGCGAGGAAGGAUGGGUUUGGUGGUCGACGGCGAGGGCGGAGAAGGAGGAGGAGACUUCUCGGAAGGUGGACGGAGCAGGAAGAGGAGGGUUUUCGGAGGGAGGCGACAGGCGGGGGAGAAGGAAGCCUCGACGAUGGGGGAGGAGGAGGCUGCUGA